AUGGUCAUCAAAAUUGCACAACCACCAGAACAAAAAAGCAAUUCCCCUUAUAACUACCCCAAUUUCUCACGGUAUGAAUAUCCGAGAGAUGACGAAAAAUACGCCGAACAUCAUUGGCUAUUCCCACACUGGGAUGACGAAAUGGACGAGUUCGCCACACCCGGAGGUAAUCUCCGAAGCUCUCACUAUACUCGGGGUAUUGGAAAAGACCGACAAUCGGAACAAGAAUAUGAUUAUUUCAGCCAAAAUGAUUCCUCCUCCUCAAACGAAGACACCUCCGAUGAUUAUUCAACAUCAAUCCAAUCUGAAGUUGAGGAAGAGCAGAAAAAUGACGAAGAAGGACUUGUUCUUUGCGAAGAGCUGUCCGAUGGAAUCGACUCGUGUCGUCGAGACCAAAAAUCCGAUUAUGAUCGAUUCCGUACACAUCUCUCUUCAUUAUCACUCGAACUCCGUGCGCUCCAACAAGAGAUUGAAGCAGCCGAGGCCGCGUGUUUAAAUAAGACUUGGAAUGUCUCUGUAUCCGAUCAAUCAAGUGAAAUAAUAACUGAUUCGGAGUCUUCAGUUAUCGCUAGAUCACCUGUACCUUCGGUUUCAGCAUUUGGAAUUGCUAGAAGUUUAUCACCAAUAAAUAUUGUGGAAUCUCCAUCUCUUCCAACCAAUCAUAAUAGACGUUUGAUUGCUUCAUCUACAACGCCAUCGGCAAUAGCAAUGGCAAGGCAUUCAAAAAGAUCCGUUGCAUCAUCCCCUCCGCGAGACGAUGAAUUUUCACCCUCAUCAUCACCAAAACCAUCACAGCCCUAUUUCUCUUUUCAUCGCAUAAGUACACCACCUAAUAAUAGUAAUGCGAACACCACCAGCUCACAAAAUCAUAUACGUUGCUCAAUACCGGAAGAUAAUUGGACAUCAGAUUGUAGUAUUCGCGAAAUACCAUGUUAA